AUGGCUAAAAGCGAUAUUGUCGAGCAUGUCUCGGGACAAUCGAAUAAGCCUUUAACCAAACCAGCUCAUGCUUUAAAGUAUGAACAGGUGGCACAGGAAUUGGAAGUAAACCUUGAGGAUGGACUCACUAAGGUCGAAUCUGACAAUCGUCUCGCAUUGUACGGAAAAAAUGAACUUGAUGAUGGACCUGGUGUACAACCAAUCAAGAUUCUUAUUCAUCAAGUCGCCAAUGCAAUGAUCUUGGUUUUGAUACUGGCCAUGGCUGUCAGUUUUGGCAUUGGCUCGUUUAUCGAAGGCGGCGUCAUCUCGGCAGUCAUACUGCUCAAUGUUGUGAUUGGAUUCAUUAACGAGUACAAGGCGGAAAAGACGAUGGACUCAUUGCGCAACUUGAGUUCCCCUACGGCACACGCUGUUAGAGACGGAGCUAUUAGCGUAGUUGCUACUGUUAACAUUGUUGUUGGCGAUCUGGUUGAAGUCAAAACCGGUGACACAAUUCCGGGAGAUAUACGAUUAAUAGAAACCAUGAAUUUUGAAACCGACGAAAUGAUAUUGACAGGAGAAUCGCUGCCAAUUGUAAAGGAAGCAACUCCAGUUUUCGAUUCUGAUAUCACAGCUGGUGAUCGUAUCAAUGUUGCUUUCAGCUCCACUACGGUUACAAAGGGUCGAGCACGCGGUAUUGUGUUUGCAGUGGGUAUGAGAACACAAAUCGGAUCGAUUGCAACGUCUCUUCGAUCGGAAGUUAGUAAAAUUCGAGAGGUCAAGCGUAAUGCAGAUGGCAAAGCUAGGCCUCAUCGAUAUGCCCAAGCUUACGCUCUUACCACAACUGAUUUCGUCGGUCGUUUUCUUGGCACCAACGUUGGUACUCCAUUGCAACAGAAGUUAUCCCAACUUGCUUGCCUGUUAUUCCUCGUCGCUGUUGUCUGCGCGAUCAUUGUUUUGGCGGCAAACAGUUUUUCCAAUAACCAAGAAGUCAUUAUUUACGCCGUAGCCACGGGACUUUCGAUGAUCCCGGCUUCACUGAUCGUGGUCUUGACUAUCACCAUGGCUGCAGGGACUGAGGUCAUGUCGCAAAGACAUGUAAUUGUACGUAAAAUGGAAGCCCUCGAAGCAUUAGGCGCAGUGACUGAUAUUUGCUCGGAUAAAACCGGAACUCUCACUCAAGGCAAAAUGGUCACGAAGAGAGUGUGGAUGCCAGCUAGGGGAACCUACUCUGUUGGACCCUCGGAGGAAUCGAUCAAUCCCGAAAAGGGAGAUUUGUCUCACAGUGAGAAAUCCCCAUAUCAAAUGCGUAACGAUUGGGGUGAAGAAAAGACGGAAUCAUUUUCCAAUCUUCUACAAGACAAUCCUGACCUUGAAGCUUUCCUUAAUAUUGCUUCAAUGGCAAAUCUUGCUCAUGUUCACAAAGGCGAACAAGGUUGGAAAGCAAGAGGUGACCCAACCGAGAUUGCGAUUCAGGUCUUUGCUUCCAGAUUCAAUUGGAAUAGGGAACGAUGGACAAGUGGAGACUCACCUCAGUGGAAACAAAUCGCCGAAUUCCCUUUCGACUCUGAUGUGAAAAAGAUGUCUGUCAUUUUUGAACACCAAGAAUCUGGUAGCGCGAUGGUAUUCACCAAGGGUGCAGUUGAGAGGGUGAUUUCAUCAUGUGAGCGGGUCCGGAUGCGAAACGGAGAGGUCAUAGUAAUGACAAGAGAAAUGAGUGGCGAGAUUCUCAACAACAUGGAAGCACUUGCCGCCCAGGGUCUACGUGUGUUAGCAUUGGCCAGUAAACUAUGGGAACAUCCUACGAAUACCGAUGCCCAACCCAACCGAGCGGAAGUAGAGGACAAUCUAAUCUUCCAUGGACUCAUUGGGCUUUAUGAUCCUCCGCGUCCAGAAACGGAAAAAUCGGUGAAACUAUGCCACCAAGCAGGCAUCGCAGUUCACAUGCUCACUGGCGAUCACCCGGAAACCGCACGUGCUAUCGCUGCACAGGUUGGAAUCUUACCCCACAACACCUCUACAAUAGCACAAGAUAGUAUGGAUGUGAUGGUUAUGGCAGCCAGCGCAUUCGAUAAACUCAGCGAGGAAGAAAUCGACAACCUCCCGAUCCUACCUCUAGUCGUUGCGCGGUGCUCACCCAACACCAAAGUUCGCAUGAUCGAAGCUCUCCAUAGACGAAAGCUCUUUGCUGCUAUGACGGGUGAUGGUGUUAACGAUUCUCCUUCAUUGAAGAAGGCAGAUGUCGGUAUCGCAAUGGGCGAAGCAGGAUCCGACGUAGCCAAAGAUGCAUCAGAUAUCAUCCUGACGGACGACAAUUUCGCUUCGAUUCUUAAUGCUAUCGAAGAAGGUAGACGAAUGUUUGACAACAUUCAAAAAUUCUUAUUACAUUUGUUAGCGCAGAACAUUGCUCAAGCUUGCACACUUCUCAUCGGACUUGCCUUCAAGGACUCUACCGGAACUUCCGUUUUUCCACUGGCGCCCGUAGAAAUUCUAUGGGUCAUUAUGAUUACAUCUGGUAUGCCAGAUAUGGGUCUUGGCUUUGAGAUCGCAGCGCCUGAUAUCAUGGAUCGACCACCUCAAUCCCUCAAAAGAGGCGUAUUUACUCCCGAGGUAAUGAUCGAUAUGUUAGUCUACGGUCUCUGGAUGGCUGCACUUUGUCUCUCGGCCUUCUCUCUCGUUCUCUUCGGCUGGGGUGAUGGUAAUCUCGGCUCCGAAUGUAAUGAUCGUUAUUCCGAAGAAUGCGAUACCGUUUUCCGAGCUCGCGCCACUACAUUUGUUUGCCUCACCUGGUUUUCCCUCUUCCUCGCGUGGGAAAUGAUCAACAUGCGAAGAUCCUUCUUCCGCAUGCAACCCGGCAGUAAGAAAUAUUUCACACAGUGGAUCCACGAUAUCUGGAGAAAUCGAUUUUUAUUCUGGGCCAUCAUCGCGGGAUUCGUCACAGUGUUUCCCACGCUUUACAUUCCGGUGAUUAACCGCAAGGUCUUUAAACAUGAGGGUAUUAGCUGGGAAUGGGGCAUCGUGUUCAUCGAAUCUUUGUUGUUCUUUCUCGGAAUCGAGUCGUGGAAAUGGAUCAAGAGAAUCUAUAUUCGCACCAGAACCAAGAAGAACAAGGGCGUGACGACGCAUGUGGAUGCGGAUGAUAGUGGAAAGGUAAUCAUGCAGAUUUUGCAAGAGCAGAGUUCGAAUUUUACGAUGAAGGAGAAGGAUGUGGAGAGUGGGAGUGUGAGUGUGAGGCCUUAG